ACUUUCAUUUGUCUAUGAAAUGUUAUUGCGUCAUCUAUAGUCACCUGGUAAAGUGUAAACAUGGACGUGAGAUUGGGAAAUAACACCUCCAUCAAUAGCACAGCCAACGACUCAGAAGUUGCAAAUGCCAUUGAAGCUGACGGAAUAUUAGACGAUAAACUUUUAGAUGCAGUGACACCACGGGGAACUGUGUUAGAUGAGGUGGAAGUGGAGGAGGAGACUACGAGAAGAGCCUUUUGUACCCGAUGUCGCACCAUCUCCUCCAGUUUUUUGUCGAGUUCUUAUGUUAGUGAUAAUUACAGUGCUGGGAGUCACGAAGGAGUGGGACAGCGUAAUUCCUCGUCACAACAAUUAAGAGACCCAGUUGUUGGUCUCCCGACUGAUUCUCAGGAUGAUGCCGACGAUGUGCCACUUUUGCGAGAUGAUGAUAGUGGAGAAGCAGGACAAGGUGGCUUGUCUGUGUCUAGUUCACAGUCAGACCACUGUCACACACCUAAACAGGGGAAUCGGGCAUCAAGGAAGGCUAUGACCAGGCUCAUAAUUGCAUGUUGUCUGACAACUCUUUUUAUGAUCGGUGAAGCUGUGGGUGGCUAUCUUGCAAAUAGCAUAGCCAUCAUGUCAGAUGCUGCCCAUCUCCUGAGUGACUUAACAUCUUUCAUCGUAUCUUUAGUUGCAAUUUUCAUUGGAAUGCAGCCAGCUUCUAGAAAGAUGAACUUUGGCUACCACAGAGCAGAGGUCUUGGGAGCUGUAGUCAGUGUCUUAAUGAUAUGGCUCAUUACUGGAAUCCUAGUGUAUGCUGCUGUAGAACGUGUUACAUCCAUGGACUUUGAAGUAGAGUCUGAUGUCAUGAUAAUCGUGUCAGCUCUAGGGGUCGUUAUUAAUAUAAUCCUUGGUGUUGUUCUGCAUACUGGAUCUGGUGGCCAUGGUCACAGUCACGGAGGGCAUGGUCAUUCACAUGGAGGAUCUUCAGAGCAACAGUCAGCGUCAUCAGGCACCAAUGUUAAUGUGAGAGCGGCGUUCAUACACAUUAUUGGUGAUCUUUUACAAAGCAUUGGAGUAUUGAUAGCUGCAUAUAUCAUCAAGUUUUAUCCUGAAUAUAAAAUUGCAGAUCCCGUUUGCACAUUCAUAUUCUCUGUGUUGGUCAUCAUUACAACUAUACCUAUAAUGAGGGAUCUCAGUCAUGUGCUUAUGGAAGGAACACCCCAUGGAAUUGAGUAUGCAACUGUCUCAAAUAACCUUAUGACAAUACAGGGGGUGAAAAUGGUUCACUCAUUGCACAUAUGGGCCCUGACACUGGACAAAAAUGCCUGUUCUGUACAUCUGGCCAUAAGUGCAGAGACUGACCAUGACACAGUGUUACGUGAUGCUCAGCGAAUUAUAAGAUCACGCCAUCACAUAUAUCAGACAACUAUUCAAGUGGAACGCUAUGAACCAUUACAGAUGGACAGUUGCCAGCAGUGUCAACCUCUUUCAAAAUGAUGAAUCUUUAAAGUGUUCUAUUUUGUUAUUUUUCUUUUCUAUGAAGCAAAAACAUAAUUGCAGAGCCAGCAUACUUGAUGGACUCUAUAAAUUUUAUAAGAUCAGAUCUACAAAUGGUGAAAUUCUGUGAUUCUACUUAAAGACAGUUACCUCUGUCAUAGGCAUAACCAGUUUUGAACUGUAAGGGUGUUUCAAGUAAUCAUUAAACAGUACUUACCUUACUGUUUGUUAAUUUUUGUAUGGUUUUCUAAUAAUGCAGAUUGUGAUGUAAUAAAUUGUAUUUCUUGAAUUUCAGGCUAAUGUAAAAAUGGUUAAUUUUUUAUGUAUUCAUUAGAGUUAUGGAAUGGUUUACAUAUUAUCAAGAGACCUUUGUGGAAGAAAAUGGUGGCGAGUUUUUGUACAAAUAUUGCCUUAAUGGCAUAGUUUUAUUGGGGAAAUUACAGGAUAUUCUUUAACUGAAGUAUUAUAGCUUUCAAAACUGGCCCUAAAAAGAAAUUGUUGAUCUGUCUGACAAACCUCCCUCCCCCAAUUGUUGAAAGUUGACCUGAUAUUCUUAGCAGUCUUUCAUAAUAAGGAUUAAGUUCAUCCCUUGUAGCCUUUGAAAUUUAAGAAUAGAUUUUUUUUUCAUAAAAUUUUUCCCUUGCUGUCUUUGAAACCAAAGAAUUUAAUUUAUUUUCAAAGUUUCAAAAUUUGGCAUUAUGGAUAUACUACAGUAUCAUCAGUUUUUUUUCAUAUUCUCUUAGCAUUGCAUAAAGAAAGAUUAUAUGUAUUUUAAAAUAUUUUUAUUUUUAUAUUUUUGGAGGUGACCAGUCAUACAAUUUUUUUUAAUGUAUGAACGAAAUGCUUGUUUUUUGGCAUUUCAAUAAAUCCAAACUUCGCUCAUCUUUUGUCAUGAAAACCCAUAAAUUACUUUGGGUUUUAAAGCCUUUUUGGUGUCUAUAAGCAAAAUAGUGAGCUAUGGUUUAAGGUUGAUUUUACAGUUUUGAGUCAUUUGGUGUGAAUUUAUUAUUACAGAUACUUCCUAUAUCAUGUCAAACUAUAUACAUAUUAUUAUUUUGUUCAUCUUGAACAAUGCAUUCAUAUAUUUUCUGAGUAUUAAGUCAAAUGCAUCACUAAAGUCAGAAUUAUAUGGACUGGUCCACCUUAAAUUUAUUACCUCGGAGUUUUCGUGAAUUCAGUUUUUUGUAGAGAGAAAUAAUUUGUGUGUAGGUUUUAAUUUGGAAUAUUUGUGAAGUGAAUAAAAAUUGUAAUGAAUGCUUCUUCACCAAAAGUGGUAAUAAGACUGUAAGGGAAGUUCUCACAUAAAUUCUGAAAUUGUUUAUACAAUGUGAAGGCUGCAACUUUUCACUUGUCCACAACCAAGAUGGUUAGAUAUAUUAUAUGAAAGUGAACUUAAUGUGGAAGUUACUGCCACACUUGAGAUUACAUGUACGGUACCUCAGAGUAUUGAGAUUUUAGAUUUAGUACUGCAGUAGGAUGUCAGGGCUUAACAAGAUAUAUAAAUAUUAUUGUAGUAUCUUUGCAUCAGUUUAAAAUCCAGGAAUUUUCAUAGAAGAGAAACUUUUUCAUAUCAUCAGCUGUGAUUUAGGAUGGACUACUUUACAUUAUUUAUAUAAAAAAGGAAACGUUUGAAAACUUAUGAAGACUAGUAAAUAAGAUAAGUGAUUCAUGAGCAGAGAUUAUUGGGAAAUCAAGCUCCCCCUGAAUUUUGCUGGCUUUGUUAUUUGUACCAUAGUUCUGUUGUGGUUGUUUUUGUCUUGGUGGCUUCUUAUAUUCAGAGGUCUUCUUACAUAUACAAUUUUGUAUAUAUAUGAAUUGAAUUCUUCAUUAUAUUUGUAUAUACAGGACAUGCUAUUAUAUAAGCUGAUCACUGAUAUAAAUUUUUUAAGCGUUGUAAAGAUUGUUAGUUUUAUACAUAAUUUAGCUGAGUGAAUGGUCUGAAUGAAAUAUUUGUUUUGAGUGAGGUGAGUUUCUCCUGUUAGACAAAGAUGUAGCAUUUUUUUAUAAAAAAACAAAUAUGGAGUUAAUAGAUAUAUCAUUUCUUUAACCCCUCUUGAAACAGUGUUGGCAUAGUCAACUGGAAGGUUCUUAAUACUGCAAUGGUCUCUGAUUAUAAAACAUUGGUCAGAAUCAUUGGAUGGAAUUUUUAUCUCUUACUGUACGAAGAUGGUUCAUGAUGCUGUUUUCCAAUAUGCAACACUCCAUUUUAUUCAGAUAAGCUUUCAAAUAUUUUCUGCUCCCAAGAGGCAUGAUAUUUUAAAAUAGAUUCAACAGCCUGUUUUGAAUUAGUAAUAUGUUGUGAAACUAAGUUUUUCCUGCGUGCUGCUUACCACCCAUUCCACUCCCUUCUCCGAGAAAGUUUUAUUUUUGUUUCAGUAUCACAUCUUGUCAUUUAAUGGUGAAUGGUUACAUGCAAAUAAGAUUACAGAAAGUUCUUGUAUGAUGCUAAAAAUGAUAUUUUUAUUCCAGUACUGUAUUCUAUUCUAGAGUUAAGUUAAACAUUUCAAAAUAUUUAGCGAAUAGUGACAAUCGUCCUUUUCUUUUUGUUUCAUUGAAAGUUUCUAAAGCUGAAUAUCUUGUUUUUCUUCACAUCAAGCUGUACGAACUUGUAAAGUUUAUGAAAAACCUAGAGGAAUGGAUAUGCAAAAAGUGAUGACUAAUUAAGAUAGCAGUAGUGUAGUUUUGAGAAGCUUGGACAAAUUGCAUCUUCAGGAGCAUUUAGGAUGAUUGAUAAUAAGUUAAUUUUUUGUGUUUUUCAUGUUUCACUUAAAUUUCUUCAACGAUUCAUAAUUGAAGUUUUUCUUAAGACUCAUGAGGACAGGGUUAUUUUUUUUUAUUUUGAAUUGGGGCUUUAUGGUGAUAUGACUUACUCAUUAAUUAAUAAGAUGUCAGAACUGUCUCUUAAGGAUAGAAGGUUAUGUUGAAUUCAUGUGCUUCCUGAAUAGCCUAACCAUCCAGACACAUUUGACCCAUGCCCAAGUGUAAGUAAAUGUAAGAUGCACAUCGACUACUGUCUCACCUUGGAAUGCAUUACUCCUCAGUAUCAUGUAAAUUGAAUUCGUACAGCUUGGCUUGCUCACAUGUUGUAGGAAGUAAAUGAAAACUAUAGCAAUAUUUAUGUACAUGUAUUUAUUGUGAAUUUGUAUAAUUUGAAGUUGCCUUUGUAUUUUUUUUUUCAGAAAGGUUAUUACUCUACUACUACUGAGUCUUGUGAGAAUGGUUGUCUUCAUUUUGUUGGACAGUUAUUUUUUAUAUUUUUGUUUAUCAAUUUCCAUUCAUAUAUACUAUGUUAGUCCUUUCAUGGAAAAUUUGUGGUGCUCCAUAUAAUAUUUCAUAUCAGCAAAUUUUCAAGGAAAUUUGUUGUGAAAAUAUAAUUGUCUUGUCAUUGUUAUAUUGUAGACUGCUCAUAAACUACUAUAGUUAAAAAAAAUUAUAAGAAACAUUGAAGAUAGUUUUUUGAAGUUAUAUUAAUUUUUAUAUUGAUAUUUUUAAAAUUACAUGAAAAAUAACUA